CAGUGUGUCUUAAGCAAUCUGUGCAUAUUUACUGUUUACGUGUCGAAACAGGAACUAUUUUAGGAGCUACUCAGAGCUCAAACGUUUCAUCGCUUUUUUUAAACAUCAGCUCUUAUUUAGGCCCGGACAGGUGCACGCUUGCAGCGAAGCGGGCACACCUUUCCUCGCGCCAAUAGGCGGCGAGCGCGGCGUUGACGUCAGACCGACUCGGGUUACGCGUGGGACGUUUCCACGGGGAAGUGGGAGGCUCGGGCCAAGUGCUGACAUCAUACCGGUUAGGAGGGGAGACGGUCGUACAGCUUCAGGACACGGCACGACGGACAUAAGUUGGGAGCGAAGCCACUCGGAAGCAAGUUGAAGAAAAGGCGCUUAAAAAAGGAAGAAGACGAGAAGAGUAGCCAUGAUCGCCUCGCACUUAGUGGCGUACUACUUCACCGAGCUGCAUCAUGAUCAGGUGCAGAAGGUGGACAAGUUCCUGUAUCACCUGCGCCUGUCCGAGGAGAACCUGAUGGACGUCUCCAUGCGGUUCAGGAGGGAGAUGGAUAAAGGCCUGGGCAGGGACACCAACCCCACCGCUGCCGUGAAGAUGCUUCCCACGUAUGUUCGCUCCACGCCUGACGGCACAGAAUCGGGUGAUUUCUUGGCACUGGACCUGGGUGGAACCAAUUUCCGUGUUCUGCUUGUGAAGGUGUCAGCCAAUGGAAAACAGACAGUGGAGAUAGAGAACCAAAUCUAUGUCAUUCCAGAGACCUUGAUGAGGGGCAGUGGCUCAGAGCUUUUCGACCACAUUGCUGAGUGUUUAGCCAACUUCCUGGACAAGCUGAACAUCAAAGACAAGAAGCUUCCUCUGGGUUUCACCUUCUCAUUCCCCUGCCAGCAGACCAAACUGGACGAGAGUUUCCUGGUGACGUGGACCAAGGGAUUCAGGGCGAGCGGGGUUGAAGGCAAAGACGUUGUGGGUCUGCUAAGGAAGGCCAUCAGGAAGAGAGGGGACUUUGAUAUCGACAUUGUUGCUGUGAUCAACGAUACCGUGGGCACAAUGAUGACCUGUGGAUACGAUGACCAUCACUGUGAGAUCGGCCUCAUUGUGGGUACAGGCACGAACGCGUGCUACAUGGAGGAGAUGCGGAACCUAGAGCUGGUGGAGGGUGAUGAGGGUCGUAUGUGUGUGAACAUGGAGUGGGGCGCCUUCGGGGACGACGGCGCCCUCGACGAUCUGCGCACGGACUUCGACCGCGAGAUUGAUGCCGGCUCACUAAACCCUGGCAAGCAGCUCUUUGAGAAGAUGAUUAGCGGCAUGUACAUGGGGGAGUUGGUACGCAUCAUCCUGGUGAAGAUGACCAAAGAGGGGCAGCUGUUCCAGGGACGCACCACCCCACAGCUACUGGCCACCGGACACUUUAAGACCAGCUACGUCUCUGCCAUCGAGAACGUGAAGGAUAAAGAGGGCCUGUGCUACGCGGAGCAGACCUUGCGUGACCUGGGUCUGGAGCCGUCAGAGGAGGACUGCGUGGCAGUGCAGCGUGUGUGUCAGAUAGUGUCCACGCGUGCCGCUCACCUGUGUGCUGCCUCGCUGGCUGCCGUCCUGCGGCAGAUCCGUGACAACAAGGCGCUGGACAGACUGCGCACGACCGUCGGUGUGGACGGCUCUGUCUACAAGAACCACCCGGUGUUUGCCCGGCGACUGCACAAGAUGGUGCGCCGUUUGGUUCCCGACUGUGACGUGCGUUUCCUGCGGUCGGAGGACGGCAGCGGGAAGGGAGCUGCCAUGGUAACGGCGGUGGCGUACCGUCUAGCCAAGCAGCACAUUGAGCGGCAGCAGAUCCUGGACAGCCUCCGCCUGGACCGCGACCAGCUCCGCUGCGUCAUGAGAAAGAUGGAGGCAGAGAUGCAGCGUGGGCUGGCCAGAGACACCCAUGCCACCGCCUCCGUCAGGAUGCUGCCCACCUACGUCAGGUCCACGCCGGACGGCACAGAGUGGGGAGACUUCCUGGCACUCGAUCUGGGUGGUACAAACUUCCGGGUUCUGCUGGUGCGCGUGCGCAGUGGGAAGCGUCGGAACGUGGAGAUGCACAACAAGAUCUACACCAUCCCCCAGGAAAUCACACAGGGCACUGGGGAAGAGCUGUUUGACCACAUUGUCCACUGCAUUGCUGAUUUUUUGGAGUAUAUGGGGAUGAAGGGGGCAGCUCUCCCUCUGGGGUUUACCUUCUCUUUCCCAUGCCAUCAAAACAGCCUGGACCAGGGAAUUCUGCUGAAUUGGACAAAAGGCUUCAAGGCCACGGGCUGUGAGGGCGAAGAUGUAGUCGCGCUCCUGAAGGACGCCAUCCACCGCAUGGAGGAUUUCGACCUGGAUGUGGUUGCGGUGGUGAACGACACGGUCGGUACGAUGAUGACGUGUGGGUAUGAGGACCCCCGCUGUGAAGUAGGGCUUAUUGUGGGUACAGGCACGAACGCGUGCUACAUGGAGGAGAUGCGGAACCUAGAGCUGGUGGAGGGUGAUGAGGGUCGUAUGUGUGUGAACAUGGAGUGGGGCGCCUUCGGGGACGACGGCGCCCUCGAUGACUUCUGCACGCCAUUCGACAGGGCCGUGGAUGAAAGUUCCACCAAUCCUGGCAAGCAGAGGUUUGAGAAGAUGAUCAGUGGUAUGUAUCUGGGGGAGAUUGUGAGGAAUGUUCUGUUGGACUUCACUGCUAAAGGACUUCUGUUUCGUGGAAAGCUCUCGGAGAGACUCAAGACUCGUGGUAUCUUCGAGACUAAGUUCCUUUCCCAGAUCGAAAGUGACCGGCUGGCUUUGCGGCAGGUGCGCUCCAUCCUGCAGCACUUGGGUCUGACCAGCAGUACGUGCGAUGACAGCAUCCUGGUGAAGGAGGUGUGCAGCGUAGUGGCGCGCCGGGCCGCCCAGCUGUGCGGAGCCGGCCUGGCCGCAGUCGUGGAACGGAUCCGGCAGAACCGCGGCCUCCAAAACCUCAGCGUCACGGUGGGGGUGGACGGAACUCUCUAUAAACUACACCCGCACUUCUCUGCCAUCAUGCGGGAGACUCUGCGAGACCUGGCGCCCCAGUGCGACGUCACCCUGCUCCAGUCAGAAGACGGCAGUGGCAAAGGGGCUGCCCUCAUCACGGCCGUGGCCUGCCGCAUGAGAGGCAGCAGAAAGUGACGGGAGGCGGCAUGUUGAAGCGAACGACUGAUGUAACGGGGGGGGGGGGCAUGAAAUGAUAAAAGAGCCGAACGCUCUUCCGGAGAUUUUUGCAACUAAUCCUAAUCACCCAGCUCUACUGCGUGCGCAAGGAUCUGUUCGCUGUCAUUUUGCUUUCUUUAAUGGUUCUGUUUAGGUUUAACCCAGAGCGUGUUUAUGCCGUGGUGGCAGGGGUUGCUGAGUGUAGUAUUGUUAGACAGGGACUGAGGUUGGGGAGGCCGGCGAUGGACCGUCUUAUUUAUUCAUGAUUGUCAGAGUUUACUGUGCAAACACAGUAGCUGUGAGGGUUUUAUGUGUUGUUGGAGUGUGUUGGAGAGUGUGAGGCAGAGGUCAGGGGUUACCGUCUGAGCCGACCUCUGGUUCUGGGACUCCAUUACUGUCCACAGUGAGGUUCCUGCAGAUCUUACUCCAGCCUGAUCCGUUUUGCUCCAGCUCUCCCCCUGCAGAUGUACCACCCUGCAGUGCUCAGCGGACAGUAUUCUUUUUCAUGCUCUCUCUCAAAAAAGUACUGUUAUAAUGCAGGGCAUUCGUGUAGGUGCUUUGAAACUACUUUAAUACUGGUCAGGUAUCAGUAUUAAGGUACAAUACCUUAGUGCCUUUAAUACCUUACCUACUUUAAUACUGGUCAGGUAUAAUACCUGUGUUCGUGUGUAGUGUCUGACACCACUCAGCACCUGAGGGUUGACUAAUCUGAACUCAAACAUGGUAAAAAAAAAAAUCCAGAUUAGGAGCAGAAUUGGAGUUCAAAUAUUUACACCUUUUCCUCAUGUGUUUAAUAAGAGUGGGUCCCGAUAUAGUCCGAGUUUGGAAUGACACGAUUUUUAACUGUUUUUAGUUGAAGACCAAGUUGUAAUUUUAGUUGUUAUUUUUAUUUAAGAUUUAGACACUGGCCUUGGGGCCCAGGGGAAACAAAAGUUUUGAAUUGUUAUUUAGUUCCUGAAUGUUGUUGAGCACUGGGAUAGUGGCUGUGUUUGGACACAACCAAAUGUUUUGUUUUUGUAGGAUUUUUUUUUUCUCUCCCCUUUUAAAUGAGUCAUUUUCACGAUCACGAUCAUUACAGACACUUGUGUGUUAGAUUUGGGAUGGUCUGACUUCCAACUUGGCAGCUAGAACCUCUGAGCUAAGGGAUGCUGAUCGGUCGGUUUGUCUGCUGAAUGAACAAAAGUCCUGCCUUCUCCUCCAACUAGGAGCAGUUUCCCUCACAUGGAUAUUAGCAGUAAAUAUGAAGGAAAUGGUGAUAUGAAUGGAAAACCUUGCACUUGUUUCGUUUUCUUCCAGCCUCUGUAUUUAUUUCUCCCUUCAACAUAAAUGACUGUUUUGUGCAUUGUUUGAGUCGUCCUUCUGUCUUGUAUGCAUCAGAGAUAACAGCCUCAACUUGCACCGCUGUUCAAAUUCUCGUGUUAGUAUUUCUCUGCUCCUGUUUAUUUAUUAAAUCUGUCCUUAUGAUGGAACUCUUGUAAAUGUUCUUUUUUGGUUUUCAAAAGUCACAAGAUGGAACAAUAACACUAUAAUAGAUAUAUAAAUGGGUAUAGGUUCUUUCUCCAAAACGAGCCUUUUACAAAAGUCUUCCACACGUCCCAGUGUGUUUAUGGCUUCGCUGAGAUUUCUUUUGGCGCACUAAAUUCUUACGUAGUUCAAGAGUUACCACGGUGACUGAGAGUUGAACAAACUGUCAGUGGACGGCCGGGGGGGAUGAACACCAUCGACUGACCGAUUGAUCGACCAUUGUCACUGUCUGACGAAGGCAGUGCCUGGUAGCUUUUAGAGUAUUGUUUUUGAAGCAGUCACUGUUCUGAUUUGGCCUGGAUAGAUUUUGCAAUUCCAGUUCCUCAAAAUACAACAACUAUUCCAAUAUUUCACACAGCAUGUAGUGUAAAAUGCACCCUUAUGCAUGUUUGUUCAUUUUGGUGCAUUGAGCAAAGUAGAAAAAUGACCCAACAUACAGACAGGUGGUACAAAACCUAUGAUGAACUAGAACAUUUAGAUCGUGUGUUUAAGAGAUCUUCUAAUGUGCCGUGUUGUAUGUUUAAUUGAUCUUCUAAUGUGCCGUGUUGUAUGUUUAAGGGACCUUCUAAGCCUCUCACCGGUGCCCUUCUGCCUUUUACUGGUACGUUUAAUAAAAACUAUUCUGCA